CAUAUUUCAGGUGUUUGCCCGUCCUACAUCACUGGAAAAGCAGUAACAAAUAGUUAAGGAUUACGGCUUUGAACAGAUGGUUUAAAAUUUUGAAGCUUUUUGAACACCUUGCGGCAAUAAUGAGGUGGUCAAAUUGCUUCUUGUUGUGAAUCCAUCAUCUUGAUAUUCACUGAUGACGAUGCUAGCGAUAGAUAUUUGAAGUGCACAUUUCGUUCCUUGCGCUUCUCGUCUGAUGCACAUUGCUCUUGUUGUGUUUGUAUGUUCCAAUCAUAUUUUCGCUCCUCAACAAAAAUUCAUUAUUCUUGUUGAAAUUUGUUGAAACUUGGGUCAAAUUUUGUUUGAAAUUUCGUUUUACUUUUGGUCGGUAUUCACUUUAAUUUGAUUUUUACCUGAUCUCUUUUUCAUUUUUUACUGAUAUAAUUUGUGUCAACUCAUGUUUUAAGUUGCAUUAUAAACAAGAUGCUUUAUUACGUGAUCACCCUGCUAAACCAAAUUUACUGUGAUGGACCUAUUUUGAAGGCUGUUCAGGAUGCACAUUUAUAUCCGGAUUCGAAGCAUUUCGUUGAUAUGCCCUUAAAAUAUGAUCCAGUGACAACUUUGAAAGAUUUCGAUGAUUUUGGCGAAAAAUUGAAAAACAAGACAUUGCUGCAAAAAUUCGUGGACGAACAUUUCGACCCUCCAGGAUUUGAGUUAAUAGAGUGGUACCCUGAGGAUUGGGUAACCUUCCCGUCAAGUUUUCUUAAAAUUGAGAAUUAUCAUCUAAGAAGAUGGGCAUUGCAUUUGCAUAGAAUAUGGCGAGACCUUUGUAGAAAGGUAAAAGACGAUGUUAGACGGCACCAGGAGCUCUAUUCUUUGCUCUAUGUUCCUCAUCCUUUUAUUAUACCAGGAGGUCGUUUCCGUGAAUUUUACUAUUGGGAUUCAUUCUGGAUAGUGAAAGGCUUGCUAUUUUCGGAAAUGUACGAAACAGCAAAAGGAAUUGUUCGUAAUUUAGCUUAUAUGGUUGAUAACCAUGGUUUUGUACCAAACGGUGGUCGUGUAUAUUAUCUGGUCAGAUCCCAACCACCAUUACUUGUUCCGAUGGUUUAUGAGUGUUAUUUAGCCACUGGUGAUUUAGACUUUGUUCAAGAGAUUCUUCCAAUGCUUGAGAAGGAGUAUAACUUUUGGAUGUCGCAACGUACCCAAUCACUGUAUGAUGAAAAACAUGGUGUAAAUAUUUCAUUUUUCCAAUAUCGUGCAAGCAUGAAAACACCUCGCCCUGAAUCUUACAGGGAAGAUUUGGAGUUAGCGAAAAAUCUUCAUUCAAUUGCUGAAAAAGAAUCGAUAUGGUCGAACGUAGCUUCAGCAGCUGAAACAGGCUGGGAUUUCAGUACUCGUUGGUUUGCACAAAGUGGUCCAGCAAUGCACGACAUGAAAUCAAUCCGUACUUGGUCCAUUGUACCCGUUGAUUUGAAUGCUUUCAUUUGUAUUAAUGCGAGAAUUAUGGCUUCGUUUUACGAAAUCACUGGUAAUUUCCAAAAAGUAUUACUCUAUCAGUCACGUUAUGAAAUGGCGAAAUUGGUGAUGAAAGUACUCCAUUGGAAUGAAACUGAUGGUAUUUGGUAUGAUUACGAUCUGGAGAAAAAGCUUCACUCCAACACAUAUUAUAUUUCGAACGCUCUACCCUUGUAUGCGAAAUGUUACGAUGGUGAAGAUGAAAUUAUUCCACACAGAGUUUAUGAGUACCUGAAGAGAGAAGGUAUUCUGAAUUUCACCAAAGGCUUACCAACUUCUUUGGCCAUGGAAAGUGAACAGCAGUGGGAUAAGGAGAAUGCGUGGCCACCAAUGGUACAUAUGGUCAUCGAAGGUUUUCGUACUACCGGAGAUUCUCUACUAAUGAAGGCAGCUGAAGCUAUGGCAACGCAGUGGUUAAGUGUAACAUAUAAAUCUUUUAUACGUACUCAUUCAAUGUUCGAAAAAUAUAACGUCUCGGCAAUUUCUGAAGAAUGUAGCGCUGGUUCCGGUGGAGAAUACGAUGUGCAGACUGGAUUUGGUUGGACAAAUGGUGUCAUACUGGAUUUGUUGGACAAAUAUGGACAAAAGAUGACUUCAGCAGCGCCUUUCCGGACACAUUGGAUGUUUUUUAUCGUUCUUAUUCCCACUCUAAUAGUAUUUUCAACUAGUUAGAAAUUUUGUUCCGACUGCUUUAAGAAGCAUUGUACUUGUCUGAAAUUUCUAUACUAAUUUCUAUUUACCAAACUCUCUGAACAUUGUUUGCUUUCUAUCGUGCAGACUCCUAAUAAGUUUCGCCAUUUUCUUUUGUCCAUGUCAUGCUUUUUGGCAUUGGUUUUCGCUUUUCGAAUAUAAUAUUUGCUUUUGUUUUCCCUUUUCAUCCCUUUCUUCGUACGAAAUUCGUCGAAAUCCAUCACUAUGUUUUGAUGUGUGCGACAUCUGUAAUAGACUCACAGAUAAAUGGAAUUUGUUGAUUAUAUAAUUUUAUCCAUGUGACUUUUGAUUUUGAUAUUUGUAACUGACGAUAUUUUUUAGUCAAUACUGAUUACUCGAGUGGCAAUUUUUUUGAUGGAUACGGUGCGUUGAUGCCUUUAAAUAGUCAGUUUUUUGUUUAUUUAUUUAUUUUUCGAUGUAAAUAGAUUGCAGAUCAUUUUUUCUUAUGCUAUUAGUCAUACUGUUCAACUUCUAAAUGAUAUAAUUUUCCAUAGUUCCAAUAAGUCGUAUUUUUUACACAGUUGCAGUAAACUGGUUUAUGCCGUGGAAUUUGGCCAGCUUUUUGACGAACUAAAUUAAAAAUGCUUUUUCUAUCAGAUCAGGAUGUCAAAUUUUUUAUUCUUCGCUAUGUUUCGCUUAUUUACCCG